UUACUUACUGAAUCGUGAAAGUGCUGGUAUAUUCAAUCUCUUGAUUCCAUUAUUUCCCCUUUCUGUCUUCCUUUUCAAGCUUCCUAUUUCCUAGAGGCAAUGUUUCAAAAUCCAAGGACAUUAGCUUGUAAAAUGAGAUAUAUUGGAUUAAUUGUUUGUGUAAUAGCAAUCUGUAUUGCAAUUAUCGCUCAGAAAUUUGAUGCAGAGACACCGGUAGAAGAAAAUACUCCUCCUUCGUAUCCAGAGGCAUCAUCACCAACUCAUGACACAAAAUUUGAUGUGUUCAUCAGCUUCAAUGGCAAAGACAUUCGGGAAGGUUUGCUCAGCCAUCUCACCAAGGCAUUACGGCAGAAGCAAAUCUUCACCUUCGUUGACACGAAGCUCGAGCAAGGCGGAGAAAUCUCGCAAGAGCUUCUCCAAGCAAUUGAAAAGUCGUUGAUCUCGUUAGUUGUGUUCUCAGAAAACUAUGCGUUUUCGACUUGGUGUUUGGAUGAGCUGGUCAAGAUUAUGGAGUGUAGAAGAGAAAAAGGACAAAUUGUUUUACCGGUUUUCUACAGAGUGGAACCGUCUCAUGUAAGACACCAAAAGGGCGUUUUUUCUACUGCCUUUGCUAAACAAGAGAAAAGGUUUGGUAAGGAAAAGGCACAAACAUGGAGAUCUGUUUUUCAGGAGGCUGCUAAUAUUUCAGGCUUUCAUUCAGCAAAAUUCGGGAAUGAUGCUGAGCUUAUCGAAGAAAUCAUCCAAUCAGUGAACACUAGGUUGAAAAAUAUGCGCCAGUUUUCCUCAAAAGGACUUUUCGGAAUCGCUAAAUCAAUUUCUCGUGUUGAAUCAUUGCUUCGCCAAGAGCCAGAGAGCGUCCGUGUCAUUGGAAUUUGGGGCAUGGGUGGUUUUGGAAAGACAACCGUUGCAGAAGUAGUUUAUAACCUACUUCGUGAUGAAUACGAAAGCGUUGUUUUUCUACGAAACGUAAGGGAAGUAUCAUUGAGACAUGGAAUUAUUUACUUGAAGAAUGAACUCUUUUCUAAACUCUUAGGCGAAAAUCUUGAAAUUGACACACAAAAUGGAUUGCCUACUUAUGUUGAGAAGAGAAUUGGCCGCAUGAAGGUUCUUAUUGUUCUUGAUGAUGUUAAUCAAUCAGAACAGUUUGAGAUUCUAGUUGGAACCCCUCAAAGUUUUGGAUCAGGUAGUAGAAUUAUUGUAACUACCAGAGAUAGGCAAGUGCUUGCGAAAUAUGCUCAUGCUAAUGAUACAUACAAGGUUGAACCAUUGGAAUCUGAUGAAGCACUUCAGCUUUUCAAUUUGAUUGCAUUUCAACAAAAUGAAGUUGUUGAAAAGGAGUAUAGUGUGUUAGCAGAGAGGGUGGUGGAUCAUGCCAAAGGGAUUCCACUGGUUCUUAAGACUUUGGGUCAUUUACUUCAUGGAAAAGAAAAGUGGAUAUGGGAAAGUGAAUUAGAGAAACUUGGGAAGAUUCCGAAUAAGAAGGUUUUUGAUAUGAUGAGGCUGAGUUAUGAUGAGUUGGAUCGCCAAGAGAAAUCAAUGCUUUUGGACAUUGCAUGCUUUUUUGAUGGAAUGAAGUUGAAGGUGAAGUACUUAGAGAGUUUGUUAAAGCAUGGGGAUUUUCCAGUUCCUGCAGCAUUGAAAAGACUUGAAGAUAUAUCUUUCAUAACCAUUUCUAAAGAGGAUGUAGUGACAAUGCAUGAUAUUGUACAAGAAAUGGCUUGGGAGAUUGUUCGCCAAGAAUCUAUUGAAGACCCGGGUAACUAUAGUCGAAUUUGGAAUCCUGAGGACAUUUAUCAAGUACUGAAAAAUAAUCAGGGGAGUGAGGCCAUUAGAAGCAUAAACUUCAGCUAUUCCAAAGCAACAGUUAGGAACAUGCAGUUAAGUCCUCAAGUAUUUUCUAAGAUGAGUAAGCUGCGAUUUCUCGACUUUUAUGGAGAACAACACCUCUUACACUUUCCUGAGGGGCUUCAACAGUUGCCAAGUCGACUCAGAUAUCUUCGUUGGACUUAUUACCCUCUCAAAUCAUUACCAAAGAAAUUUUCUGCUGAGAAGCUAGUUAUAUUGGAACUACCUUAUAGUCAAGUGGAAAAGCUUUGGUAUGGGAUCCAGAAUCUUGUGAAUUUGAAAGUCCUUAAGGCUCCAUAUUCCUCACAGUUGAAGGAGUUUCCAGACUUAUCAAAAGCCACCAAUCUUGAGAUAUUGGAUUUCAAAUAUUGUCUCCGCUUGACUCGUGUCCAUCCAUCUGUCUUCUCCCUCAACAAGCUUGAGACAUUGGAUCUAAGCUGGUGCUCUCAACUUGCCAGACUUGAAACUAAUGCUCACUUGAAAUCCCUUCGUUAUCUGAGCCUCUAUCACUGCAAAAGAUUGAACAAAUUUUCAGUGAUAUCAGAAAACAUGACAGAACUGGAUUUGCGACACACAUCCAUCCGAGAAUUGCCCUCGUCCUUCGGAUGUCAAAGCAAACUCGAAAAGCUUCAUCUAGCAAACUCUGAAGUAAAGAAGAUGCCUGAAAGCAUGAAGCUUCUCACAAGUCUGAAAUAUCUUGACAUAAGUGAUUGCAAGAAUCUUCAAACUCUGCCGGAGCUUCCCCUCUCCAUAGAAACGUUAGAUGCAGAUAACUGCACAUCAUUGAAGGCUGUGCUUUUCCCAAAUGCGAGUGAACAGCUGAAGGAAAACAAGAAAAAGGCUGUGUUCUGGAACUGCUUGAAGUUGGAAAAUCAAUUUCUCAAUGCUGUCGUAUUGAAUGCUUAUAUCAACAUGGUGAGAUUUUCAAACCAAUAUUUGUCUGCAAUAGAACAUGACAAUGUAGACAAUUCUAAUGAAGACCCUGAAGCCUCUUAUGUUUAUCCCGGGAGCAAAGUUCCAGAGUGGCUUGAGUAUCGAACAAAUAUGGAUCACCUUACUGUUAAUCUCUCUUCAGCUCCAUAUGCACCCAAAUUAGGCUUCAUUUUAUGCUUCAUUGUUCCUGCAGUACCAUCAGAGGGUUUUAGGCUGAUGUUUACAAUCAGUGGUGACGAUCAAGAGGAAGACGAUGUCAACGAAGUCAGGUUGUACGUGGACAGACCAAGGAAGGAGAUUUCAUGGGAUCAUGUGAUUCUAAUAUACGACCAACGUUGUAGUAGCUUCCUAAAUAACAGAGGUCAAAAUCGAAGAAUGUUUAACAUCAAGGUGUCAGUUGUGUCACUAUCCAUGACAUCAGAGUAUGUGGCAGUGGAGUUGAAAGGGUUUGGAGUGCACCCAGUAAACCCAUUAGAAUAUCCAAGUUUCAUUAGUUUUAUUAAAAGAAUGGAACAGUUGGGUUAUUAUACUACUCCUGCUACUGUCAACCCGGAUUCACUAUGGAAUGGAAUUAGGUCGUGGUUUGGAGCUCACAAUUGGGGAUGAUAUUCAGGAUAUGUUAUAUAUUUGGUGUCAUGUUAGGUUAUUGUAUGCGCUUAAUCUUCAAAUUAAGCCCUGCCAUUGGAAGAGUAGCAGAAGAAGAGGAGGGAAAUGGAUGCUCUCAAUUUUUUUUUAAUAAUUGAGAGAAUAAAUAUAAUUUAUAACUUUUUUAAUAUUUUUUUUUGUUAUCUUUUGGUUUUACUUACAAAAUUAAUGUUAAAAGAUUACAAUUUACUUUUUUAA